AGCCUGGGAUUGUUGAAAUAAACCUAAGGCCCAUCUGAAGAUAAAGUUUCCUUGGAGGAUGCAAGUAUUGGAAUGGAAUGGAAUUCCCUUGACUUCUAAAACAUAUGAAGAAGUUCAGAGUAUCAUUAGUCAGCAAAGUGGGGAAGCAGAAAUAUGUGUAAGACUGGACCUCAAUAUGCUAUCAGAUUCUGAAAAUUCCCAGCAUCUGGAACUUCAUGAGCCACCAAAAGCUGUGGAUAAGGCGAAAUCCCCAGGGGUUGAUCCUAAGCAGUUGGCAGCAGAACUCCAGAAGGUUUCACUACAGCAGUCACCGCUGGUUCUGUCAUCGGUUGUUGAAAAAGGAUCUCAUGUUCAUUCAGGUCCUACAUCAGCAGGAUCCAGUUCCGUUCCCAGCCCUGGGCAACCAGGGUCCCCGUCAGUGAGCAAAAAGAAGCACAGCAGCAGCAAGCCUACCGAUGCAACAAAGGUUGUCUCUCAUCCAAUUACGGGAGAAAUUCAGCUUCAAAUUAACUAUGAUCUUGGAAAUCUCAUAAUACAUAUUCUCCAAGCAAGAAAUCUUGUUCCUCGAGACAACAAUGGUUAUUCUGACCCUUUUGUGAAAGUGUACCUUCUUCCAGGGAGAGGUCAAGUCAUGGUUGUCCAGAAUGCAAGUGCUGAGUACAAGAGAAGGACUAAAUAUGUCCAGAAAAGUCUUAAUCCUGAGUGGAAUCAAACAGUAAUUUAUAAAAGUAUUUCCAUGGAACAGCUCAAGAAGAAAACACUGGAGGUGACAGUUUGGGAUUAUGAUAGAUUUUCAUCCAACGACUUCCUUGGGGAGGUAUUGAUUGAUUUAUCUAGCACAUCUCACCUCGAUAACACUCCAAGGUGGUAUCCUCUCAAAGAACAGACUGAAAGCAUUGAUCAUGGCAAGUCGCAUUCCAGUCAGAGCAGCCAGCAGUCCCCAAAGCCAUCUGUUAUCAAAAGCAGAAGCCAUGGUAUCUUCCCUGACCCAUCAAAGGACAUGCAGGUUCCCACCAUUGAGAAAUCCCAUAGUAGUCCUGGUAGCUCAAAAUCAUCAUCAGAAGGCCAUCUCCGUUCUCAUGGACCAUCUCGCAGUCAAAGCAAAACCAGCGUCACUCAGACCCACCUGGAAGAUGCAGGGGCUGCCAUAGCUGCUGCCGAAGCUGCCGUGCAACAACUCCGCAUUCAACCAACAGCACAUAAAAGCGGUCAGUCUAAUCAUGCCAGGAAGCAGCACAGACACAGCAUAGCAGGAGUCCUCCCCAUUCAAAGAACUCAGUCUGAUAAUCUGCCUCCACCAGCCAAUGGCAACCAAGACCAAAGCCAGCUAGCCCUCAGGAAGGUGAUGUCUGAUGGACCAGUCAAGCCAGAAGGAGCAAAGCCUCCCAAUCACCGGCCUGCAGAAAGCUCUGUGUCCACCGGCUCCUCGGGCAGCAGCUUUGGCAGUGGGUAUAGCGUGGACAGUGAAGGAAGCAGCAGCACUGCAGGGGAGACUAAUCUAUUUCCUAUUCCAAGGAUAGGGAAGAUGGGACAGAAUGGACAAGAGCCUGUAAAACAGCCAGGGGUAGGAGUAGGACUAGCAGACACUGAAGCUAAAACUCAGGUAAUGGGAGAAAUAAAGAUUGCACUGAAGAAGGAAAUGAAGACAGAUGGUGAACAACUAAUAGUUGAAAUUCUCCAAUGCAGAAAUAUUACAUACAAAUUUAAGUCUCCUGAUCAUCUACCAGAUUUAUAUGUGAAAAUAUAUGUGAUGAAUAUUUCUACCCAAAAAAAGGUGAUCAAGAAAAAAACAAGAGUAUGCAGACAUGAUCGAGAGCCUUCAUUCAAUGAAACUUUUCGAUUCAGUCUAAGUCCUGCAGGACAUUCCCUUCAGAUUUUACUUUUCUCCAAUGGAGGGAAGUUUAUGAAAAAGACCUUGAUUGGUGAAGCCUGUAUCUGGCUUGACAAAGUGGAUCUCAGAAAAAGAAUAGUCAAUUGGCACAAACUUUUGGUCAGUCCUACUCAAACGCAUUGAAGAAACACGUCUUCUCAGGGUAUAGAAACUGCUCUAAAUAGCCUCACAUCAAGACUACAGUUGGAAACUAAGCUAAGUUUUGAGAGGCAAACGUAAGAAUGGGAACAACAGGCAAAAACAUGCUUAAUACCUUGUACAUUUAUUGUUGUGUAUGUAUCACACAAAGAUAUUCAAUUGAAAAAGUUCACAUAUUGAAAAUAAAAAGGAAUGGAGUUCUGAGACCUUGAAUUUCCCAUGGCUGUGAAGAGAAACUGUGAAACAAAUUUUGAUUACUGAAGGCAAAAAUCUUUGAGCAGAGUUGAGCUAUAACUUAAGACAGAGGCUCAAAGGUUAAUGUGGUUUCCAUGUAGCACAAAGGUAAUUCUUUAUGCAAAGAAGCCUUGGUUGAAAGGAAAGAACUGAUGUAACAAAUCUCAGUUUUCAAAACUUCAAAAAUCUUCCUUCAUCAUCUUCUAUUCAGACAACCAGAUGCUUUCAGAUUCGGACAUAAGAUAUACCUACAAUAUGUGUCCAGGACUGGAAGUGAGGUGGCUAUAUUCUUAGGGAAAAUGGAAUAGGAGAUGUACAAAUUAUGCCUUUUAGGCCAUAUCUUACCAGUUUUCUGUGUGUCUAAAUGUUACAAGGGUAUACAACACUGACUUUGGAAUCCAUGUGGUAAUAGCACAUUUGUUUCAGUGUAACUUGAAAUAAUGUAGAGUGAAGAUAAUACUAGGUAAAAAUAAAAUUGAAUUUAUCUAGAAAUAAAACUGUGACUGGCUAACAAAGAAGAAUGUUGUCCCAUAAAAUACUGGAAUUUUGUUUGAAACCAUCAAAAUCUUCAUAAUUUACCAUUAAGCCAAGACAUCUUCAAUCUAUGUACCAAAGGAC